CUUGUGGUAAAAAUUCAUUGACAUUUCAGUGUUUAGUGAGGUUAUGUUUGUGCCGCUUGUGUUUUCUUGGAACAUUCCACAAAAACGUAAAAAAACACUUUGCAAAUUGCUCAAAAGCUGCAUCUUCUUAAUUCAAAUUAUCAAAAAGUAUUCAUACAUUUUGCGGAAACAACAAAAAUUCGUGAAUUGUGACUAAAAAACGGCAAAAUGAGUGACCCUAUUGUGGAAGACCCGUCCUUCCAAAAAAUCUACGCUCCGGACAAUCUGGUCGUUUUCAAGCUUGAUCCCAAUGAUAUACUCUUCAAUUAUUGGCACAAGGUCAUUGUGGAUGUGCGUUCUGGCGAAGGAAAGAAGUUUGACGUGAUUGAAGCACUCUCGACAAUAAUCACAGGACCCUUUGCUCCCGUUUACUUCCGGCAGUUUGGUCAUGAGUACAUCAUGUACGUCCGUGACUGUGUCAAGGCACUCAAUGAUCUGAUGCGCAAUGAGCUCAGAUUAAAUGAUACUUUGGGGAAGGGGGAUAUAAUGAUUUACCUGAAUGUGGCCAAAAUUGAGGUGAAUCAUCCGGAUCCUGAUAGAGUUGUGGUUGAAGUGUUAAAGAGCCGAAGGCAGGAGAUGACCAAGAAAGUUGCAUACAAUCUCUCAGCUGUGGAUCAGGACAAGAGAUUUGCCAAUAUUAUUUUCCGGUUGUGUUUUACGGGCAACUUUGAGCAGGUGUGCAAAUUGAUACGAGAUUCUGGGAUUCCGCCUACACAUGCCAUUGAGAUUCGACUCUACCGGAAUAAUUUGACCGAUUUGACCCCACUUCAGGUUCUCAAGGAUUACUACUUUGAACACUUGGACAUCACCAAUAAUACGUUUCCGGCGGAAGCAAUGUCAGCCUUGGAACCUCUUCGUAUUAAGAAUCUCUGCUGCAACUACAAACUUCGAAUUGUGAAGGAGUUGUUGUCAAAUGUUGAACGCUGCAACAACACGGUCAUUUUUAUACCUACUAAAGGUCAUGGGAUCCCUGAGACUCAUAGAAAUCCUACAGUUGAUCCGUAUGGCGCAACAUCUUCUCUUGGAAGAACUGACACCAUCAUUCAGCCCAGCUACGUCGAUGUCAAACCGUCGAUACAUAGCUCACUCAUUAUACAGCAGGCUGAUCCAGCUUUUCAUUUUCCUACGUCAGGAACUCACUGCACUGCUGGAGUUAAAUUGAACUUCAUGCAGUUCAACAACAAUCUCUGGCAUUUUGUCAUGGUGAUUCACAAUGGAAGUUACUCAACGAGGGAUAUCAUGAAUGGGUUCUAUGCUCUGGGUGUCAAAAGCAAUUGCUUCCCUUAUCAUUACAUUAACGGCGAUAGGGCGGAUACUUUCUAUUUGUUGGAUUCUUUCAAUAUUAUGCACGAGAUUUAUCAAAAUGGGAUGAUGCUGGAACUUCCUGAUGCCAGGGUGACUCUUCAGGUAGAGUUCAGGCUGAAUGUGAUCGCCACAAAGAAGUUGGAUGUGAUUAGGUAUGAAGUGGCUAUAGAGAAGGCGCUUCAGGAGAGGAUUAAUGAUGCCAAAAUGACACUGGAUUUGAGCAAUUUUGCUCAGGCAAUGAUCAAGUAUGAUUUCAUCUUCGAGCUGAGGAAUCCUCAAGCUAUAACAACGCUGUUUGCUUGUCGAAUGGGACGCUUUGCACCCAGAGUUAACACCAUUUUGCUGAAUGACAAUGAAAUAACUUCGAUAAAGGAUGUGCUUUUGCUUCUGUCUGCUCAAACGCUGGAUCUCAGCAACAAUAAAAUUGAGAGUCUGGAGAAUAUCUUCAUUAUCAACAGUGCAAACAUCACCAAUUUGCGUUUGAUGGGAAAUCCUCUUUGCAAGAAGUAUUCCAGCUCACUUCAGUAUAUAAGUGCGGUCAGGGGAGUAUUUUCGGGCUUGAAGACUUUAGAUGGGGUUGACGUGGCCAAUGACGAUGUGACAAAUGGAUACAGAAAUUGGCUUUGUUCACUAGACUGCUACAGCUUCGUUACGCAGUUUGUCGAUCAGUAUUUCAGUGUAUAUGAUUCCCUGCAUCGCGGCAAUUUGAAGGACCUCUAUUCUCGUCGAGCAAUUCUUACAGUCGGCACGGAUUUCACCAAAAUCAAGAUGAUGACAAUGCAGAAACAAAAAUGGCAGCACUACACAACUCUUUCGCGCAAUAUGCUCAAUGUUGCCAACUACCGACAAAAAAAUCAUUUGAUUUACGUUGGAUGGAGCGACAUCUACGAAGCGUUUUGCAAACUUCCAGCCACAGAACACGAUAAAACGAGCUUCAAUAUUGAAGUUCCCAUCUACACCAACGAGAUGGUUGUGAUCACGGUUUAUGGGAUCUUCAGGGAGCAAAUUCAGAGUUUGCUGGAUAAGGAGCUUACUCUAGGCUUCUCACGUACUUUCAUCUUGCGUCCCAUUGAAGCGGAUUGUGGUUUGUUUGGUUGUGGGGUGCGUUACUUCAUUGUCAACGAGAAGAUUAGCGUGUUCAAUCUCACAAUCAUUCAGACGCAGAACGCCUUCAAAGUGACACAGGAUGUGGAAGUGAAGAAGGAGGUAACAGAGGAGGAGAAAAAGGAAAUUACAGUCAUGUUCAGUGAGUGCACCAAUUUGAAACCUGGCUGGAGUCGAAGGUGUCUCUCAAAGGUGAAUUGGGACUUCAAGUUGGCUCUCGAGGUGUUUGUCAGUCUCUAUGAGGAAAACAAGAUCCCGGCCAAAGGAUUUAUUGCAACGCUCCCGAAGGAUGCUCCGGCACAGAAACUUUUUUAAAUUGACUUUAUCAUUUGUAAGUAAAACCUUGAAGAAAUAGAGUGUACUCAGAAGAUAAA